AUGAGCGGGGCUAAAGCAGAACCCACCGCUGCAAAAGCCGGCACCGCGGGUGCAGUCGCAGUGUCCAUCACAACCCACAGUAACACUGUACAGAUGGGCAUCUCCGAAAAAGCUUCCACGUUCAUUCAGGGGGUUGCCAUGGUUCUAUCGGGCUUCGUCAUUGCCUUUGUCAAGAAUUGGAAGUUGACACUUGUGACUGCUACUAUUCUGCCUACCAGUAUCUUGAUUUAUGGUAUCUCAAUCCCGAUCGAUAUCAAACUCGAGAAGGCUGUUAUGGCAGCGCAUGAGAAGGCUGCCGAACUCGCGGAGGAGGUGUUGACUAGUGUGCGUACGGCCAAGAGCUUCAAUGCCGAGAAGAGGCUUGGGGCGAAGUAUAAGGAACUUUUGGAACAGGGGAAGAGAGCUGGGCUCAGAAAGUCGCCUGUCUCCGGUGUCCAGUAUUUUGGGCUUUUCUUCGUUAUCUAUGCCGGCUACGCAAUCAGCUUCUGGUACGGUGUAAGAUUAUUCCAACAGGGCGAGAUUGAGGACUCGGGAACCAUUAUUACUGUUUACUUCGCCGUUGUAUUCGCGGUAAUGGCAUUCGGUGUUAUUGCCCCACCGAUUCAAUUGAUGAGCAAAGCCGCCUCGGCUUCAGCUAGUAUGUUUGAAGUGAUUGACCGCACACCCUCCAUCGAUUCCCUUUCUACGGAAGGACUGCAACCGGAAAAGUUCCCAUCCGGAGACCUCGAGUUCAGGAACGUCAAGUUUGCCUAUCCCGGCGGUGGAGAGCGAGAAAAGGUCAUUGUUCUCGGUGGUGAUCCGGACGACACGGAAAGUGGCGAGGGCAUGUCACUGUCGUUCCCGGAAGGCAAGACCACAGCUCUUGUUGGCCGCUCUGGCUCCGGAAAGUCAACUAUCGUCGGGCUUAUCGAGCGGUGGUACGAUCCUAAUGUGGGCAGUGUAAAUAUCGCGGGUAUCGACAUCAAGGAUCUGAAUCUCCGCUGGUGGCGUGGCAAAAUCGGUCUUGUGAUGCAGGAGCCAUUCCUAUUCAACGAGUCUGUCUUCAAAAACGUAGCUUAUGGUCUCACAGGUACAGAGUGGGAGCACAUUAGCGAUGAGGAAAAGCUGGUCAUGGUCAAAGAGGCCUGUGUCGAAGCGAAUGCCGCGUCCUUCAUCGAGGAAUUGCCAGAUGCGUAUGAGACUAGAGUUGGUGAGCAAGGUAUUAAGCUGUCCGGUGGCCAGAAGCAACGUGUAGCGAUUGCCCGGAGCAUCAUUUCGAAGCCACAGAUCUUGAUCCUUGAUGAGGCAACCAGCGCGAUUGAUCCUAGGAAUGAGAAAAUCGUGCAGGAGGCACUUGAUAGGAUAUCGAGGGGGCGUACAACUAUUACUAUCGCACAUCGAUUGAGUACUGUUAGGAAGGCGGAUACGAUCGUGGUUAUUGGUGCUGGGAAUGUUCUCGAAGUGGGCACUCAUGAAGAGUUGAUGGCUGAUCCUGAUGGUGCGUAUACACAGUUGGCUGAAGCAAUUGAGAGGGUCGAGACCGCGCAGGGUACUACUUCUCUUGAGAAGACUACUACUUGGAGGUCCAGACUGGGUGUUGCACGUGGAAAAGCUCCGGUUGUGGAUGAGGAAGCGGCGCCGGUGGCUGAGAAGGAAAAAGUCAAGGCGAUGGGAAUAUUACGCAGCGUGGGGUUGAUUAGUUGGGAGCAGCGACAUUUAUGGCCGAUUUAUCUCGUUGGCUUUGUUGGGUGUCUUGGUGGUGGUGCUGCGAUUCCAAUACAAGCGAUCCUCUUUGGGAAAUUCAUGGAAGGUUUCGAAAAACCCCUGAGUGUGGAUGAAUUCGUUCGACGCCAGAACCACUGGGCAUUGAUGUUCUUCAUCCUUGCAAUCGGCGCGGGUAUCACAUAUGCGCUUAUGGGCUCAAUGUUCACUUCGAUAACUCAUCACAUAAACGCCUACUACCGCUUCGAGUACUUUGAAAACGUCCUUCGCCUGGGAAUCCCGUUCUUCGAUGGGGAAGGGAACUCAGCGGGGACCUUAACGGCACAGCUAAAUACACAUCCAGCAGCGCUCCAAGAACUCUUAGGACCAAGUACGGGAUUAAUGAUCAUCUCAACAGUAAGCAUCAUCGGCUGUUGCAUUCUCUCUCUCUGCAUCGGUUGGAAGUUGGCAUUAGUAUGUAUCUGCGCUGCUCUUCCGUUCCUCUUUUUCGCGGGAGUCAUUCGUAUCCGGAUCGAGAUUGGCUUCGCCAAGGAUACAGCCGAGGUCUUUGAAGAAAGCGCGCAAUUCGCCAGUGAAGCCGUAGGCGCAUUCCGCACGGUCUCGUCACUGAUCAUGGAACAGAGCAUACGGGACCGCUACGACGUCCUCCUCAAGGGCCACGUGAAGAAGGCGUUUCGAAGAUCCGUCCUAGCGGCAGUAAUCUUUUCCGCGAGCGAGAGCAUGAACCUCCUUGCUACAGCCCUCUGCUUCUGUUCUUUGGACGUGAAUUUCAAGUAUCCGACCCGCGACACUCCCAUUUUCCAGAACCUCAGCUUGGAGAUCCCGGCAGGCUCUUUUGCCGCGUUUGUGGGUGCUUCGGGGUGCGGGAAGACUACCACUAUCUCUUUACUGGAACGCUUUUAUGAUCCCACUUCCGGCAGGAUCGAGGUUGACGGGGAGGACAUCACCAGCUUAGACGUGACAUCCUACCGCAACUCCGUGUCUCUGGUAGCGCAGGAACCAACCCUCUACGCCGGCACAAUCGCGGAAAACGUGCGCCUUGGCGCAACAACCACCUCUCCUCCGCCCACCGACGAAGAGAUAAUACAAGCCUGCAAAGACGCAUACAUCCAUGAGUUUAUAACCUCCCUGCCAGACGGGUACCAGACCAUUGUGGGCGCCAAGGGCAUGGGACUCUCGGGCGGUCAGAAGCAGCGUGUGGCCAUCGCCCGCGCGCUCGUGCGCAAGCCCAGGAUGUUGCUGCUCGACGAGGCGACGGCUAGUCUGGACAGCGAGAGCGAGCGCUUCGUACAAAAGGCAUUUGACCGUGCGAGGGUUGGAAGGACGGUCGUUGCUGUUGCGCAUAGAUUGAGUACUGUGCAGGCCGCCGACGUGAUUUUUGUGUUUGACGAGGGGAGGGUAGUGGAGUCGGGUAGACAUGGGGAGUUGGUUAAGUCCCGGGGGGUAUACUAUCAGAUGGUAUGUUCUUUUUCUCGCUGGAUUGAGUAUGGAGGUGCUAACAGUGGUGGGUGUAGUGCCAAGCUCAAGCUUUGGAUAACUAAUGUUUUCCGUCAUCCUAUAUUGUUGUAUCAUACGGUUCAACUUGGUCGGCAUCUCUUUGCUUUUUAA